AUGCUUUUGAUUCAGCAGCGGGCAACACAGCUGCCAGGACCCCAGCGCAAAACACCACAGAAUCGGCCUCUGCGUCACCGCCGCCUUAUCUCAGGGAGCGAGACGGGAGAUGAACGCUUCGAGGAUUCUGUCUCAGGGAGCGAGACGGGAGAUGAACGCUUCGAGGAUUCUGUCUCAGGGAGCGAGACGGGAGAUGAACGCUUCGAGGAUUCUGUCUCAGGGAGCGAGACGGGAGAUGAACGCUUCGAGGAUUCUGUCUCAGGGAGCGAGACGGGAGAUGAACGCUUCGAGGAUUCUGUCUCAGCGAGCAAGACGGGAGAUGAACGCUUCGAGGAUUCUGUCUCAGGGAGCGAGACGGGAGAUGAACGCUUCGAGGAUUCUGUCUCAGGGAGCGAGACGGGAGAUGAACGCUUCGAGGAUUCUGUCUCAGGGAGUGAGACGGGAGAUGAACGCUUCGAGGAUUCUGUCUCAGGGAGCUUGAGGAAAAGUCUCUAG